GAGAUUGACUCUCGAUCAAUCAAAGUCUUUUAAACUAUCGGCUUGUGUCGCUUGCGUUUUCCGUCUAUAUCUCUCUCUGUUGCUCAUUCUGUUUGUGUUACUUGUGUGCAAUUCAAAUACACCGCCAAGCCACCCACCCGACGAAAACAGUGUGUGGGGGCCCUUAUUAUCAUAAACAAAACUAAAGAAAAACAUUUGUAUUUGCAAUAUUAUAUUUAAAACAUAUAUAUCACAAUGGAGGUGUGGCGCUUGCUAACGGUUGGCGCAUUUUUAGCAUUGGGAUUUGCAUGCUUCUAUGGCGUGGUGGAGUCGUGCAACGAAGUCGUCUGCGCAUCGAUAGUGUCCAAGUGCAUGUUAACACAGAGUUGCAAAUGCGAGCUUAAGAAUUGCUCCUGCUGCAAGGAGUGCCUCAAAUGCCUAGGCAUCAAAUACUAUGAGGAGUGCUGCAGUUGUGUGGAACUGUGUCCCAAGCCAAAUGAAACGCGGAAUGCCCUGUCCAAAAAAUCACACGUUGAGGAUUUUGAGGGCGUUCCAGAACUAUUCGAUGUGCUGGCCACUGCAGAAGAAUACUGGGAUGUCUUUACAUUCCAAGUGGAUUGGUCUAGGGGUAAACCAAAACUGGAUAAAGAUGAGAAAUACUAUUUAAAAUAUAAUGACAAAAAUCUGGAAGAGGCUCAUGAGGAACGUGACAAUACGAAGACAGUCAAUUGUACGGUUAUAUAUUUGGAUCAGUGCGUAUCGUUAAAUAAAUGCCGUCAGUUCUGUCAAACAAUGGGUGCCAGCAGUUGUAGAUGGUUCCACGAUAGCUGCUGUGAAUGUGUAGGCUCUACGUGCAUUAACUAUGGUGUUAAUGAGAGCCGUUGUCGGCAAUGUCCAGAGACGAAAGAAUUGGGCGAUGAUUUUGAUGAUGAAAUCGACGAGGAAAUGCAGGACUUUGGCGAUAGCAUGGGUCCAUUUGAUGGCUCAGUGAAUAGUAAUUAUUAAUAAUAACAGUGAACAAAUUUAAAG